GACGAAAAGCAGGCAACUCUCCGAAUCAAUUGGACAGGCUGACUGCGCUUUUUGCGAAUUCAGUUGAGUUUUUUAAUUCGAUCAGCGCACAGUAAAGGUUCUGUAACUAAAAAGUUAGUGAGCUAAACGCAUUCGCGUCAGUUUAGUGCGCCCAGGCCGAACGUAAAUUACAAGCAUACGCGCAGUCCUACAGUGUUCACCAACACAAGCGCACAAGGCUAUAUACUUAGAUACAUACACGCUUAAGUACUGAUACGCUUGACGCUUAGCUUGCUGGCUAACUGAGCGCACGCAAGUAGACUUGCGGAUAUAAAAUUCUACGCAAGAAACGGAAUACUUUUUCGCCUCAAAACAAAUUUAGACGUGCAACAAAACGGAAGGAAUUCGGAAAAGCAAAACAAACACUCCCGAAAAAAUCAAAUACCUGAAACAAUUGUGAUCUAAUGAUAUAACGGUUAUAUGAAUCAAUAUUAGACAAUCGUCAGUGAAACAGCAAGAAUUGAACUCAACUAAGACCGAAGCAGAAGGAUAGAAACUUUGAACGGCAAAUCAAGUGAAUUAAAAAAAUAAAUAAAUAAAUAAAUAGUGAAACUGAACAUUUCCAAAAAAAAUUAUAUAAAAAUAAGUGAGCCCAGAAACAUUUAUGCUCGGCCAAAGAGAACUUGAAUUUUAAAAAAUGGAACAUAAAUUGCCAAAAUCUUUCAACAAAAUUCUGCUCAUUACGUAGUGGAACACAUAAAUAUUCAGUUUUAUUUAAAUUUAUGAAAAAUAUAUCUACACAAAUAUAAACAUAAAACGCACAUAACAAAGUAAACUUCCCAAAUAGUCAAACUUAAGGGAAAGUACAAGCAAAAGCAAAACUUAAAGAAGGCGGUUCUAAACAACCAUAAAAACAACAACAUAAUAACAUAACAUUACAAUUACAUCUACAACUACAACUGAAAGAAAACAACUGCAGUCAGUUGGAGAAAAAUAAUUAAUUUCCAAAUAACAGCAGUCACAGCAACAAGAACAACAACAACAGCAUAUCCAUAAGAGUGAAAGCACGUCAUUAGGGACGCUUUCAACAGCGUCAACGCAACACCCACACAUACAAGGACACGGAAGCGGACAUAGUCAAGCCAGCCGCGAAGAUGGACGAAACACAGCAUUUCUGUUUGCGCUGGAACAACUACCAAAGCAGCAUAACGUCGGCGUUUGAGAAUCUCCGCGACGAUGAAGAUUUCGUCGAUGUGACACUGGCGUGCGAGGGGCGCAGCAUCAAAGCGCAUCGCGUCGUCCUGUCGGCGUGCAGUCCAUAUUUUCGCGAUUUACUCAAGAGCACACCUUGCAAGCAUCCAGUGAUUCUGCUCCAGGAUGUCAACUUUCUCGACCUACACUCGUUGGUGGAAUUCAUAUAUCACGGUGAGGUGAACGUGCAUCAAAAAUCUUUACAGUCCUUCCUUAAAACGGCAGAGGUACUUCGAGUCUCGGGUCUCACACAACAGCAGGCCGAGGAAACCCAUAGUCAAUUAGCUCAAAUACAAAAUCUGGCGAAUGCUGCCAAUGCCACACGCACUCCACUUAAUUCACACCACACAUUGCUCGAUGAGCCGCCGCUAUAUCCACGCAACAGCGGCUCACCACCGCCACCUCCACAAUCCCAACAGCUGCAAAUGGCAUCCACACACAUCAACAGCCAGUUGUUUAAGCGCAGCAUGGCGAUGCUACGUCGCGAGAGGAACAACUCCACACCAUCGGUCGAAGACUCGAAUAAUGCCAUGAAGCGUUUGCGUGGACCCGACAACGGUUUGCCGUCUAGCAAUAACAACAGUCCCGAAAUUGUACAUCAACGCAGCACAUCACCGCAAUUGACACCGGCCGAUUUCUCAACCAUCAAGCACAAUAAUAACAACACACCGCCGCUGAAGGAAGACAAACGUAAUGGACCAUCUGGUAAUAACGGCAAUAGUGGCAAUGUUAAUUCGGACACUGGCAACGGAAACGGUAUCGCAAAUAAUGACAAAGUGAGCGGUAGCUUAACUUCCUCACCGCUAACACGCACCGCCGAUGAUGUCAAAUCGGAACCCAUGGAACUAGUAUGCUCGAAUAAUAAUCCGACAGUAGUCGAUGAGCACAGUAACGACUCCACUGGUGAGCAUGAAGCGAACCGAUCUAGCAGCGGCGAUGGCGGCAAAGGUUCUUUAAGUUCGGGAAACGAUGAGGAGAUUGAUAACAACAUGCCAACACAUCCUCCACCACCAUAUCUGAUGUCACCGGCAGAGAGCAAAUUAUUUUCACCGGCCGCCUUUAAUUUUCCCAUGAGCGGUCUAGAUCCUGCCACGUUAGCUGGUUUUAACUCGCAACUACAGUCAGCCGCCGAAAUAUCAGUUUCUCCGCAAGGACAUUCACCUAAGAAACUCUUCUCAUGUCAUCUGUGUGGUAAGCUUCUAUGUUCGAAAGCCUCGCUCAAGCGUCACAUCGCCGACAAGCACGCCGUGCGCCAAGAGGAAUACCGCUGCAUCAUCUGUGAGCGCGUAUAUUGCUCGCGCAACUCCCUGAUGACACACAUUUACACAUACCACAAAUCGCGCCCCGGUGAGAUGGAAAUGAAGGACAUCAAGCUCUAUCAUCCGUUCAAUUCGUCGAUCUGAAACGCGAUGCGCAAUUUGUAUAAUUGCAAUAUGCCAUCGGUAACAAUCGCCGCAAUGCCAAUAGCACUCAAACCAAAACCAACACAGACGCCAACAGUCACACUAGCAAAGCCAAUAGAUGAAAGCACAAACAGCUUGCAUGCUCAAGCUGCAAGGGAGACGAGCCCGAUUGCCAGUAAACAGAUGAGCACAGCAACUCAGCUGACCAAAUGUGAUAAAAAUCAGCAACAACAACAACAACAAUAUAGAUUACAACAACAGCAGCAACAUCAACAACAACAACAACAACACUACCUCUAUACUGAGUACCACCAAUGGCGGCAUGGUGACUCAGUACCACAAAUGCAACAAGCACAUUCUCGCCAAGACGACGCAUUCCAUUUGCAGAAUCUCAUCAAACAACGACAAAUAAUGACCUUGUACGACUACUACAUGUACCAACGCCACCCGUCGCCACCGAUACCGACGCAGACCAAAGCUUUAGGUUCGGAUCUCGACUUACGUGCCGAGUAUGCACGAGUGGCUCGACUAUAGCGACAAAAAAUCUAGAACUAGAAAAUUACAAAAACAAAAUAACAAUAACAUUAAAGCAAUGCCAUAAAGUAGUGAUAACUGUAAACCUUAGAAGUUAGCGACAUACACACAUUGACAACUGCAGAAAACUAUACACGUACAUACAUAACUGCCUACUAUAUGCAUAAUAUAGAGAUUAGCAAACAAUUGACAAUUUAAGCAUUAGAAUUAUACAUACACUCACACAUAUGCAAGAUUCUCAACUUAGCUCUCUUGGAACUAAAACCGUAACUGCUCAACUAUUUACAAUAUACACAUGCAUACAUACAUGCAUACAGACAUACGUAUAUACCUAUGUUAGUAGCGCAAAUAAUUUUUUAGGUUAGGUGUACAAUAUUAGGCGCAUUGUAGGAGCUCAAGCAUAUACGAAGGCAUAUACAAAUAAGUUUAAGUUUACUUGCAACAUACAUACAAACAAAUGUAUGUAAGCAGCUGCAAACCUUUAUAUUACAUUUACGCAGCAUACUCGUAUAAAUAGAAACCGCAUACGUACUCGUUCUACAUUGCACGACUUUUUCGUGCAGGACUUUUAUUCUAAAUGACCACCGUAUUCCACAACUACCCACUGUGGCCUUCUAUUGUGUCUACCACACGCACACGCACGCAUUCGGAGCGUGUAUGUGUGCGUGCAUAUAAACUCCUUAAUGUAGUCAAUUCGAACUAGAAACCUUUUUACGGCAUUUAUAAUAAUGCCCUUUACACAUUUUUAUAACUUAUGUAUCUAUAUGGAACUAUAUCGGUGACAAGGAACAGACUUGUUGAACUUACUAGCCUUAGCUUACUGGAAACUGAACUAAAAACAUAAAUAACUAAUAUUUACGAGUAAUUAUAAACAAUUGCAAAAUGGAUCGGCGCCACAUUGAAGCAUAAAGACACACGCAGCGAUACAAAAGACUCGAGCUACGAACUUCGUUGCGCGGCGCGUAGACUUGUCGGCUCAUAGCAGAAUGUGUGUGCAUCGGCGGAGCAACAGCGCGAGCAAUCUUCUGAUGUGCUCAGCAAAGUAUUUAUCAUAAACAUUAAUCGCGUACAAAGAAAUUACAAAAAUUGAUUCCCUGACCCAAGCCCCCAAAAACAAACAUCCAAAGUGAGAGAUGAGCCCAAAGUACUCAAGCAAUUAAUAGCUCAUGACAACUCUACAAAUAAGCAGCCUAACGCGGUUUUGGGUCAACCAUGCCAAAUGAUUGAAGUUACCAACGUCAAGGUUAGCAAAUAAAAAGUCAUCAAGAACAAACUCGUAGCAAAAAUAAACUGGAACUAUUUCAAGUAGUUAGUUCACGUUCACGGACUAUAUCCACUCAAAUAAUUAUGAAUAUAGCUAUAUCUUCAUCUGUUAAACCGUUGUCUUUCACUCUACCUAUUGGCCCACACUAUCCCUUUUGGGUCUAAUAAUCUCCUCUCUUUCUCUCUCUCACACAUACGCUAUCAAACUCACUCGACGACACUAGAAGGUGUAUCUCUCCGUAAUUGUAAUGGAUCUUCUCACACAAUCACUCACUCUUUCUUUAUUUCUCUAUAUAUAUAUAUACCUAUAUAUCUCUCUCAACUAGUUGGACCCUCUGUCCGAGCAUUAGUAUUAAAGGUCUCGCUCUCAUUCACACCGUUAUAUUACAUACAUACUUGUAGGUAAUAUUUCACUGCUGUAUUGUUGAUAUCUCGUAUUGAUUCUAGCACAAUGUUGGGCUAAAUCUAAUUACUAUCCUAUAAGACAUUCCACUAUUCAUUAUGACAGCUUGUAGUUAAAUAAUGCAUACGCAUAUGCACAGUGCAUACGAAAGAGAAAUCAUCUGGUGAAGAAAGCACGAAUGCAUACAUAUACACAUACAUACAUAUAUACAUAUACAUAUGUAUAUAAAUUGCGGCCUAAAGGCUUUCUUUUAGUAUUCAUUCAUACAUUUGUACAUAUACAAUAAAUAUAUAUACAUACUUUCACGAGUAGAAUAGUAAGCUGCUAAGGGGCUCCAGUAAAACAACGUCUGGGUCUACACUUUUCAAUUUCUAUCUCGAAAUUCACGCCUCUGCAGUAGCCCUAUAUUUCUAAACUAACCGCUAACUUCCUUGGCAGUGCUUAUUUCUUUGAUUCAUCACUAGUUCGACUAACCCCUUCUCGCUUUUUUACUAAAAACAGUUAUUUACUUUUUGUUUUUAUUUUAUUUUUAUUCUAAAUAUUUAUCUCACAUGUACUGAAUUAGCUUCUACUUACAUACAUAUGUACAACGACGUACAUGCGAUUGAAAAGUUUGGAGAUUUUAAGAGGACUAGGGACUAGGAGUGGCAACCUGCUGAAAAAAUUAAAAAAAAAAAUUUUUUUGUUCUUUUUCAAUUUCAAAAAUUAAGAUUUAUUUAUUUUAUCAUUAUAUAUAUGUGUAAGUUGUCAUCUAUGGUGUUCUACUGCUGAGAGAUUUGAUGGCCGUUCUCAUUUUUGCUCUACUCCGCUCCGUUACAUAAACUUAUUCAACAGGGGUUUCAUCUGUAAGUCAUCUCCUUGUAUUAUUUCAUCUUAAUCUCCGUAUUGACACUAUCCACUCUCCUGAACUCUACCCGAGAGAAGUUGUAGCUAUAGUCAGUCUAUAUAUAUCUCUCUCUUUUCUUUCCUAUUGUCUCCGUCUCACGUCCUCGUUGUAUGGAAUUCCACUGCGUUUUUCUUCUAAUUAAAUAAUACUCUUAAACCUCUUCCAUAAUAAAUAUUUAUAAAUUCAACUUGAAUAUACUUAAUUUAGGAUGUAUCUAGUACAUCUCCUUUGAGUUUGGUAAGUUUUUGCUAUAUUUUACAGACCGUCAUCUACGUAUGUACUUGCAUAAGUUAUUUAAGUAAUGAAUACUCUGCUUAUGACUUACUCAAUUCAUCAGCUAAUCAUCACUCAUCAGCCUAGCAGUCAUGACGCGCACACACACAAUACAUCGUUCGACGUCCUUAUUGUAUUUUUAUUUCAUCGUCAACAACCAAAAUCAUCAACUUCAUCAUCGUCAUCAUCAUCAUCGCAUACAUAAAUACAUACAUACAAACAUGCACCCAUACACAUCUGUGCAGGCACGUCUUCUGCGCCCUGCCACAUUCUCACUCCCUCUCAAUCAUUUAUAUAUAAAUUAACGCUGAAAACACACACACAUGCGCACACACUCGAAAUUCAUGCGUCGAUCAAACAACUGCGCUUGCUUUGCCUUUUUGCUUUCGCUUUUAAUUUUUACUGUUACGCCGUUUUACAUAGCCAGCGCUCCGUGGCUUCGCCUGCGCUUUGCUUGCACCUGUAUGCUUGACUCCCUUUGACUUGCACGUAGCUUGUAAUCUAACGCUUAUCAAUACAUACGCAUGUAUAUAUAUACACACAUACACAUAUAUAUAAAUAGUAGAAAAUUGUUGCAUGCCACAUUUGUAAUUUUGAUCAUUUCAUUUGUGUUUUUGUCUUAAUUUAUUAUGUAAAUAUAUUUCGAAUUCUUUCUAUUGUACUUAUUUACCGUUAAAAGUGAUAUUUUAAGUUGGAAAAUAUAUAUUACGCUAAGUAACUCAAGUCAGCGCGUAGAAUUGCCUAUCCGAAAUAGCCAAAUAAAAUAGCAAAGCAGAGAGCUCUCGCCAGCAGUUCUACGCCUACUUGGGGAUUAGUUGAGUUACUUCAUUCUUAUAAAUUUCAACUACGCAACCUUUUUUCAACUUUCGCUUUAAAAAAGGAGUUUUACUAUCCUCAAAACACCACUUUUUUAGAAUAUUUUAUAGAAAAAAAAGGAUGAAAUUUCUUUGAAAGUCGCUUUCAAAGCGACCACUACAGAAGCUACCAACUGCUUUUCCAAUUCUAAAUUAUUUGUAUAUUUAACCUAGAGCUGGUUUCGAAUACCUCCACAUUUACUCUUACACAAUUCAAAUAGUUUAAGCCUUUCUUCUGCUGUCUCUUCUCUCGCUUCAAAAUUAAAUAAAUUAAUUUAAAUAUAUUACGAACUCUAUCUAAAAAUAUUUCGCUAGUAAACAAUUGUAUACUUGUAUAUUUAAUAUUAUUUCUCAUUUCUACGCGUACUAUCUCACUCUUUACACGCGCACACACACACACUUUUGAUUUCCUUUUACUUCUCGAAGAGACCAUGCCUACGCCGGAAUCUUUUUUAUCAAAUACUAAUCGACAUUUUCUUUACCCUUUGCUUGUCCUCUUUCCCCCCUUUAGGCGCACACACAGCCAUCCGCUCAGCAGCUGCGUCACCAACAAGUUCGGCCUCUUCGCCACCCUCACCGCCUACGGCGCUCACCUCGCCGUCACCCUCUUCACUAAACUCGUUAGCAUGCAAUGGUGGCGUUGGCGUUGGCAGCGGCGUCGGCGCCAGCCUCUUCAACAUGCACAGCUCAUCGCCGCCACGCCCCGGCAGCGGCGGCAACAUCACACCUAACGGCACAGCCAGCGGCGGCACUCUGCCUGCAACGCCCACUUUGACAACCACACCACCACAAAUGCCGCUGCGCAUGCCGCCACCCACCAGCGGCGGCAUCAACGAGCCGCAAGAGUGUCCCUACUGCCGACGCACCUUCUCGUGCUACUACUCGCUGAAGCGACACUUCCAGGACAAGCACGAACAGUCCGACACACUGUAUGUCUGUGAGUUCUGCCACCGACGCUAUCGCACCAAGAACUCGCUCACCACACACAAGAGCCUACAGCACCGCGGCUCAAGCGGCAUGCUAAAGCGCCUACUGAAGACAUCCGCAAUCAAGAACGUGCUCGUGCCGCCGCACCAUCACCAUCACCACCAUCUGACGCAUCCGCGCGCCAGCCUCUUUGACUUCACUAGCGAGCUGGGACAGCCACCACCGGGCAUACAAUAGGAUUUCAGAUGGAAUGCGAUUUUCUAGAGGACCCACUGAGAUGAGCGUGGGCGCGCAAUCGGCUAUCGGAUUUAUCUAAACUCAUACAUACAUACAUAUUUACAAUUCUACUUAUGCAUAGGCGAGCAUACUAAUUUACUUAUUUUAAUUGUUGUACUUGUAAUUGAGUAAUGCUUGGGCAUUACUGAAUGUAAUUUGGAAUCAGUUCGGUCGAUUUUAUUUCAUCAACUGCCCACACACACACAUACAAGCAUACACAUGCACAAAAAUGCAUAUUCAAAGCAAAUGCGUACGAAACGCGGUUAAGAGCGCGGCCACAGCGCCGCGCAAGUGCAAUACAUAACGGAAGCGAAGAUAGGGAGGCAAAUUGCUGAAAACUGGCUUCAAACGCAAUAAGAAAACACAUACAGCAACAUAUUUGUGUAGAAGUGCAACAGUGGAGGAGUUACAUAAGUAUAAGCGAACGGAUCAUUGUAAAUAUACACACUCACACACACAUCUAUGCAGUUGUAAGCAAAUAUUUAGUAGUAUUGAGAACGUCUAAUAUCUAUUAAUGUAGCUACAUUUAAUCCUAGUUUACUUACCAAUUACCGUUAGAUUAAUUAUUAUGAAUUAUUUACUUACUGCAAAGCUAAGAUGCAUUGAAACCAUACUUGUACGAUAGUUCUUGGCCAAAUUGGAAAGAGAAUGAAGGACUUAAAUAGUGAGUACGGCCUCCACAUAGCUGGCACAUGGCGUAUGCAGCGGUGGGGGGUUGGCAAUUGCUUUCCCCUUAUCAUACUUGUACAUAUCAUGGCGUAUACGCGAAGUUAGCAACUUACCUUUCGGACUACCUAGCAAAAUUGAAAUUGAUUAGCAGAAAUCAAGCGGAAAAAGUAAAAUAAAUUAACGCAAAUUUUCCAACGCCUCUGCCGCUGCACGUCUCUGCUUUUAUAUGGAGAAGACCGAGAAGCAAAUAGUUUAUUGUGCAACAUAGAGUUUUAGCGAUCGGUUUCUUGUGUUUCGCCAUUUACUUUUACUAAUUUUGAAUUCAUUUCGAAUGCGCGGCAAAAUCUCUAAAAAUCAAAUGUAUUCCAACUGAACAAAAACAAAACAAAAACAAAAGAAAUAAAAUAAAAUCUAAAAUCAAUUAAUUAAAGUAAACAAAGUAUUUGUUAGAAAGUCAGGUGAAGUGUUAAGCAGUUUUUAGCAAAAGAAUAAAAGAAAUAUCCACUUGGAAAUAUGUACGCAGAUCAACACAAGAAACUGGGAGUGAUUGGUGAUUUUAAUUAGGCGUAAUUUGGGCAACACAGUGUGCCAAAACGGCCGUUUGCAUUUCUUAAUUAAUUAUGAUAAUAAAGUAAAUAUAGUGAGGUAAAGAAAACCAAUUUGUACUAGAAAUGCAUAGUUUAUUGCGUUUAUUGCAAAUUUGGAUACUUAUAUAUAUAUAUAUAUAUAUACAUACAUACAAAUAUGUAUACAUAAUUAAAUACAUUAAUUAAACUUAAUUAUAUGUAUGUAAAUGUAAAAUGAACUUUAUCAGGGAUUAAUAUCAGUAGAAUGUCCUUUUUUCUAUGCAAUUAAAUAUAUUAAAUUAAUGAAGAAACAAAAACAACAACAACAACAUAAGGAAAAGAAACAAACAAACUUAACCUUAAAAUUAAGCAUACAAAUUUAAAUCUUAAAAUGGAAUCUAUGAAAUUUAUUGCAAACUUACAAACAUAUAUGUAUACAAUACACAAGUACACACACAUACAAAUCUAACAGUAAGUCACCAAUUAUACACACAUAUGAAAGACGCAGACAUAUUUAUGCAAAAUGCACAACAACAAACUCAGUGAUUUUCACCAGUGAAGUACAAAUUACUUGAAAUUUAUACAAACAAAUGAAAAUGAAAUGCAAAUGAAAAGUAAAAAUAUUAAAAUAUAUAAUAAAAAUUGAAUAAAAUAGAUUUGCAUAACUGUUUUGGAACCUUAGAUUUGUAAUUGCAUAAAACAUGUACAAACACACAUUUACAAAGAAGAAGUAAUAUUGAAAAAACAUCUGCAAACACGAAGCAGUUUGAAAAACGUCGAGAAAUUCAGUACGAAAAGCCUCAAAAACCUCAAAGUUUUUAUUUUCAUAAAAGAAAAUCGCACAAUUUUCACAGCGAAAUUGUGGUAAUUGCUGAAAAAAUGUUUAAACGUUAAAACCAAAACAAAAACAAAAGUAUUUUUCUAAAUGUAUAUUAAAAAGAUUUUCGCUCAAAGUAGAACACAAUUUUUUAACUAUAUAAGCGUGUAAAUAUCAAAGCAAACUUAAAACAAGUAAUUAUAUGCCAAGAAAAACUAUAAGUUGAAACAUAUUUAAAAUUCACGAAUUAAAUUUAGAAAAACACAACAAAACAGGAACAUGUAAUUUUAGCAUUUAAAAAAAAAAAAUAACACUUUGCCAGUAUCAAGCGCGCCGACUUGGCAGCGCGACUGUCGAAUUGCUAUUUUGCACAUAUCCGUAAAUUAACUCAGGAAAUACUACUUAUAAAUUAAAAAUUAUAAAUUAUAAACUAAAAUAUAAAAAAUAAAUAUAUAUAAUCAGACAGAACAAAAACAAGGCAGAAAUGUAGCACAAGAAGGCUUUUAAGCGCAAGCAGACAGCUUAAGACGCUAGCAACAAGAGCUCUUGUAGCACAAAAGCAGAUUCACACAGAAAGUCACACCGCAAGCAGAAAAUGUUGUGAACCCAACUAAUCAAACCGUGCCCCGUAAAAGUCAAAAAUAUUAUAUAAUAUAUAUAAGCACACAUUGUACAGUUAGUGGCGGACUUUCAUGCAAAUUGCUAGAUUCGGCGACUUAACACAGCUCCAGUAGGGUUUUCCCGCUUGAGGGACAUAUGUGCCAAACAGUCGCCAAGUGCGCCGGUACAGCUGAGUGUUGAGUUGAGUUUCAAAACAGCGCAAAGCAAACCAAGAGCGUUUCAAUCACGUGACUCAGCUAACAGCUAUCGACUCAGUGCUAACAAAUGUUUUAAAGAUUAAGCGCGUAUGUACAUAAGUAUGUAGUUGCAUAGGCGCCAUAUAGAUUAUGUGUAUGUGUCUAGCUGUAUCUAGCUGUAGACGACAGAGUUUCCUUAAAUUGUAAUUGUAUAAUUUAUUUUUAAUGGUUUUUAACUAAUUUUAAUUUUGUUUUGUUUUUGUCUAUUGUACUCUUUAAUACUUAAUGAAUUCGUAUUUUUCGUAAGUGUAGUUUAAAGCAUGAAUAUGAAAACAAACGAAAAAAAACAAAAAAACAAAUAACGGCGUGUGUUGGUAGUCAUGCGCGAUAAUUUAUUAAUUUUUUUUUAUCAAAAUUUUAAACAUUUAAAAUUAAAAAACAUACAACAAACUGUGAUCUAUUUUCUCUCAAAUUUACAUACAAAAUUCUUGUUUGGCUGUUAACUAUUUUUACACAAAGUAAGAGAUAUUCAAAUAUUCGAAAAAAAUAUUAUGAAUUAAGCAAAAAUUUUUUGUACAAAAUUUACGUUUAGGCCUCACGUGCAAAUUUAUAUGAUUUUAUUUAUGUAUAUUUUUUAAUUUUUGGUGCGACUCAAAUCAUCUAAAUUUAUAUACACCCACACACAUACAAGAAAUACAAACACAAUUACAAAUUAUAAUUAGUUUGUACAUAAGUUAAAAGAGUGUAUUGUAUUUAUUUUAUUGCUUUAAUAUACAUACAUACUAUUACCACUACAAUUAAUUUUACUUUUUCUCAAAAUUAAAAUUGCGUUCAUUGACGAACGCCGUUAAAACUUUUCAUUAUUAAAACAUUUUUGAAUUUGUUAAUAAAGUGAAAAUAUAACUAAAU